CACUGACACUGACACUGACACUUUGCCAAUUAACACUUUCCUGGUUACCUGCAAUUGUUUAUAGCCACGACGGCCCCAAGCGGGGCAAUGCCCAUUUGUAUUUGCAGGAGCAAUUAUCCUGUCAAAAACUUUAUGCACACAUAUGUACAUGUGGAGAUGUGUAGAGCAACCGAAGCUGGUAGCAAAACAAAAUGCCAACAAAAACAAACGUUUCCGUUUCAGCACGUGAGUCAGUUAGCAACCCCCGAGGCUCAGAGCCAAAGCUAAAGCCGAAGCCAGUGGCAUAGCUGGUGUGUUUCGACCGAGCUGUCAUGACAACGACUCGGCCCAAGCAAAUAAAACUUGGAAAAUGAAAAGCGAGCACUUUGAGCACUUUGUGGCAAAUCAGAAAAUUUUCUUUUGCUCAGAACGCAACGAGCCGCCAAAUCGCACGCAAGUUGAACGGGACGCGAUUCAGAUUCAGGCAUGAGCCAGCAUGGAGAUACCGGAAACUGUAUCUGUGCGAAGGUUUCGCGAAUUCACUUCGCGACAAAAGCAUGAGCUAUACGAGACGCUACUGGAGCUGGCUGACUCGAUAGAGGAGCUGCCCAAGAAGUCGCUGCGCAAAACGUUGGAGCUGACACUAGCCGUGUUGGAGUACAAGGGACAACUGGCACAGAAGUUUGAGAAGAGCAGCGAGCGACGCCUGCAGGAUGAGAACGAGAAGCUGAAGCGCAUGGUGCAGAAGCUAGAGAAUGAACGUGAUGGCCUUAAGCUCAAGGUCAAGGAGUUGGGUGCGGAGAUCAAGCAGCAGCAGGAACAGCUGCGGCAGGCAGCCCAGCAAGCCGACGCCAGUGACAAGGACUCAUCGGAUCCGCUUUCCGAGUUGGAUAAACAGGAGCAUCUGCUGCACAACAUCGAGACGAAGAACAAACAUAUCAAACGUCUUCUGCGGGAAAUCGAUACCCUGCAAAAUCAGAACAUCGCCCAAUCGAAGACCAUAGUGCUGCAUGAGCAGGAGCUGCAGCAGAUUAGGUCCAAUCUGCAGCAGAUCUCGCAAGACAUUACGAAAGUGGAGCAGGAGCGGAAGUCCGUAAUGCAGCGGGAGCAGCAGCAGAGCUUAGAAAUCGCUCGCCUGGAGGGCAACGUCACUUUUCUUGAGGAUGAGCGCGAAAAGCAGGAUCUGGAAAUGCGUCAAUUUCUGGAUAAGUAUGAAAGUCAAGUGGUCAACUGGAGGCAGCUGCUGGAUCAAAAGGACAAAGAACUGCAGGAGUGCCGUAAGAGAAUAGAGCAGAUGACAUCAGGUCAAAGUACAUUGGAAUCCACAUCCAGCAGUAAGCAGAGUCCUCGGCAGGAAGAGGAAACUAAUCUGCGACAUCUGCUUGAGUUGCGUGAAAAACGGAUUGAAGAUCUAGAAAGCAAGCUGAAAUCGAUGUCGGAGGAGAUGGUUAGCUCCACCAAGGUAAUGAAUCAGUUAUGCGUGCAACACGAGAGCAAGAAGAAUCCUCAGCAGCCCAACGCGUGCUGCAAGCUGAUCGAGGAGCGUCUGCGCGUCGCCAAUGCCCGGUCGCAGCAGCUCUCCGAGCUGCUCGACAGCACCGAGCAGGACAACGUGCUCAAGGCCAAGCAGGCACUGCACGCUCUGAAUGCUCUGGAGGCGUAUAAACGUGGCGAGGACGGCCUCGUGUCGGCACUGCGGCGCUGCUCGGGCCUCGAGCAGAAGCUAGCAGAGCGGGACAAGCAACUGCGCAACUAUACGCAGGAGCUCAACGCCAUGAACGAGCUGGAGCAGGAGAACUCUGUGCUGCGUCGACGGCUCAAAAUACCCGACGAUGUUGUUGUGCUCUCCAAGCAUGUGCGUGCCAAGCAACGCAACAAGGACAAGCAAAUCGAGAGGCUAACGCUCAAGCUGCGCACCUCGGAGGAGCUGCGACUCCAGUUAAAGCUGGAUAAGUGCGAGCUGAGACGCAAGCUGCUCGAGUUGCAGAACGGUGAGCCCCAGAGAUUGGAUGAGUCUAUGCAUCAACCCAGUGAAAUUGGCGAGCUGCCUCCGAGUGCCCCGCUAGAGAGUUCGCCACGUCGCGGGCAAGGCGACGGUGCCGCCAGCUCCGAGCUGCAGACCAAAUACGAGGACGUCCUCGCAGAGAACGAAGCUCUGCGCAUGGGCAUGUACGAGAUUCUGGAGAAGCUGCGGGAAUACGAUGCUACUUCGGAGCACAUCACCAUAGAUUCGGAGCUGCUGCGGCGUCUCAUUGAAGCGCUGCCCAGCGGUGCGGGCAUUCCACAACUGCAUGGCCAGCUGCAGGAGCUGAAGGCCCGGGAGGAGGCGUUGUGCCAGCUCCUGCAUCACAAUAUCAGCGAUUCUGAGACUGGGGAGUUGUCCUCCGUGCACAGUUUGCGAGAUAUAUCCGAAAUGCAGGAGGAGCAGCCAGCCGUCAUGGCCGUUGAUUCAGCCACGCGACCAACCACACCCACUGACGUAGUCGAAGGAUUGCAGUUGCCCGUCAUCACGGAGCUGGAGCAGGAGCAGCCCAGGCCAGGCACAGCAGAUCUAGCGGAGCUUACAAUUCUUCGCAAGCAUUAUGAUGAGCUGCGCCUGCACAUGUCCGCAGAUGGCAAUGAGCUGAUGCGAUACACCCAAGAACUGCACGAGCAACAGAUUGGCUUGGAGAAGCAGCUACUUGAACAGAAGAGCUCAUAUGCCUACAUGCGCGAGGAUUAUGAUCAACUGCUGUCGGCGCAGAAGCAGCAGGAGCUGCGCCACAUUGAGAGCACGGCCAAUCUGCAAAAGCAAUUGGAGCUGCUCAAGUCGGAGCUGGCUGCCAAGUGCGACCAGCUCGCCGCAGCGCAGCUCAGGCAGCACUGCACUACGGAGGAACGACUGCUGUUAGAGCAGCGGAAUGCCACGCUCAGCAUGCAGCUAGCGCAGACCAUGGAACAGUUAAUGGGUGAACUGAAGAUACCUGAAAUCUGUGCGGACUACGGCAUCAUUGCUGACAAUUACCAGCUGGACUAUAUGACUGCUGCGGAAUUCGAGAAGCAGCGGCAAACGCUGGACACUUGGAUGACCCAGCAGGCGGAAUUGCAGCGCGAGAACAAACAGCUAGAGGGUCUGCUGCAGGUGGCCAACGGCCAGAUCCAGUCGCAGCAGAAACUGCUUAACGAAAUUACGGAUAAUCAGAUCAGCCUGCGUCAUCUGGUGGCGGAUCUACAGAGCAGUUCCACUGACAAGCUGCUGCUAGCCAAGAUGCAACGCGAUUUGGACAAAGCUAAAGCGGAAACCGCUCGCUUGGAAUCGGAGCGAAAGCACUUGCAACAGGACGUUGAUAACUUGAGUACCCAGCUGCAGGCAGCGCAGUGUCUGGCGAGUCAGAUGCAACAGGACUUCCAACUGGAAAGAAACAAUAGCGACGUUAAGCAGAAAUUUCUGCAGCGUUCGCUGUUUACCCUCAAGGAGAAAUAUGCCAAAUUUACACCCCUGAUCUUCCUGAACAAUUUCGUGUUCUCUUAUCAGAAGCUGAAUCAACGUAUAAUGGAGCAGCAGCACGUGGAGCAAUCUGCUGACAGUGCUGCGCUGGUUGAGCAUGUAGUGCAAGUGGUGCAGGAAAAGCUGUCCACCAACGAGGAAAACUCGCAGCAUUUGAUCAAGCUUAUCAAAUCGGAGACACAGUCCAGGUUGCUGGAGCAGCGCUGUGAUAGUCUGCAGGCCAGGCAGUCGGAGCUUCAGCAGGAAUUGAGUGAGCUACGUUUGCAACAUGCUGCAGAGUCGGAGCAUUGGCAGACGAUUGAGGCGCUGUUCGCGGAGCCAAAAGCAACCACUUUCGUUGAUGUGGCCACCAAUACGGAGGCGGCAGCGCCUGUGCCUGUGCCUGCUAUGCGACGCACCGCACAGCUCAUUGACAGACAAUCGUCGCCAAUUGGGUCGCCAAAAAGGCGACUAUCUAACCAUGACUCCACGACGCAAACAGAAAACCCGACCAAGCAGCUGCUUGAGACAGCUGUUCAAACAAAUGGCAGCAAUCGACAUCAGCAGCAGAAGCAACAGCAGCAGCAGCAGCAUCAAGGUGUGCAAACGACGCAGGAUGAAGAGCUGCAACAAGUGCGGGCAGAGCUGCAAGUAGCAAACAAACGUAUUGAGGAGCUGGGCAAGCAGUUGGAGACCAGCAAUGCCUGCAGUGAGUCGGAUAGUCAUCAUAGCGGCGUGGUGGAGAAGACCAUCUUAUCAUUUCACACUUUGCUGCUGGAGAAGGAUCAGUCCAUUCAAAAGUUUCAGGAUCUUCUGCAAACGGAGAGGGAACAGUGUCAGCAGCUGCUCACGAAGCAAACAGCAGAGAAUGAGACUCUCAAGGCAACGGUUAACAAUUUGAACUUCAACAUUAAGACCAAAGAUCUGGAAGUGCUAGAUCUGAAAGCCAAAUUGGACCUGCACAAGUUGCCCGUGCAGACAGAUGUCCAGGCAACUGAGAGUUCCCUCAACGAGCUGACGGAUGAGAGGAUUGAGGAACUGUUUGAACAUGACUCCGUCGAUAGAGGCACACAGCAGCAGGAACAAGCGGAGGCGGAUGUGGACGCUGUGCUUGCAGACGAAGCAGCCGGCGAGCAGGAGAAACAGGAUACCGAAGAGCUAAAGGAGCUGCCCACACUGCACAAGCAAAUCAAGGAACUCAAGGACAAACUGAGCUACUGCGAACAUAAUCUGGUGACACGUGAAGAAGAAGUCGAAAUACUGCGGGAAAAAUUGAAGCUCUGCCAGGAUCGCGAGAAAUGCAUGGAAAGUAGCAGCAGCUGUCCUGAGCUAGAGCAGCUACGCGGCUUCCUAGAAGAAAAGGACAAGCACAUUCGCGAUCUCAUGGACACACUUAAAAACUUCCAUGACGAUCAACAGCGUUACAUUAACGACACUUCCAACUAUUCUGCUGAGCAGAUAGCCAAACUGGCCGCCGACCUGAAUCGCAUGGAGGCCACCAACAAGAUCUAUCACACCCAAAUGGAGGCACUGCGUCGCCAGCUGGCCAAUGUCACGCAGCGCGAAAAGCAGGCGCGGGACUUGAGCCAGUCGCUGCGUCAGCAGCUGCUCAAGCGUCCGGUGGUGUCCAUCAAAACGGAAUUGAACGCUCGUGUGAAGAAUGAGAAUCUGCAGAAGCGUAUACAGCAACUGGAGCUGGAUCUGGACGAGUCGCGGGCGCAGCUGCAGCGGCAACAGACGCUUUUGGAAGCCAAGCGCACGCGCAGCGCCAACGAGGUGGGUCUUUGGGAGAAGCAAAAGCGAUGGCAACAGCAGGCCGAUAAGUUCAAGAGCAAGUUGGACGAGACGGAGUUGGCGCUGGACAAGACUCGCACUCUGCUCCAGGCGGCACGCACAACAAUAGCUCGACUCGAAAAGGACAAGCACUUGCUCGAGUCGAAGGUGGGCAAGGCAGCAUCAGGCGGAGGCACUGCGACGACUACAAAUGUCAAUGCCCAUAACACUUUAAAAUGUUGUCGUGCUCCCUCCUGUCCGAAUCUGCAUCAUGUGAGCGCCGCAAAGUUUACACCUUCCCCGUCUGAGAGUCCGGAAACGUAUACGGGGCCAAGCAGUGAGUGCAGCUCGCCGGCUCACAAUCAAUCCCAGCCGAAUUCUGGUCACCACAGUUUCUAUGAGCAAGGGCAGUCGGAGUUGAUAGAGGCAUUGAAGGCACGUAUUGAGAUGCAGCAGCGGAAGAUCAUCGCCAUGGAGUUGGAGGGGCGUGGCAGCAAUGCGUUGACCACAGAACUGGAGAAGCUGCAGGAACGGUGUCAAGCAGUGGAGGCUCAGAACAUACGCCUUGAAGCGCGCAAUUUGCAAUUGCAGUUGGAUUCAGAUUUACUGCGACAGGGUGACAAAACCGACCGAUUACAAAAGCGUAUCAAGCAUUUGGAGGAUUAUAUCCUUGCACUCAAGGAGGAAAUGGCGCGCACCGAGUCACGCCGUGAGUUGUGCAAGUGCAGUGGACUAAAGGUCAACACACAUCAGGGCCAAUCCGCAGAGCACACAAUUAUUUCUUUGCGCAAUUUGGUGGAAAAACUGCGUUCGGAGAACAAGUUCCUCAAAGAUGGUCGCAACUCCACUGAGUCACGUGGUUCCACUGACUCACUGUCUCCAUCUGCUGAACUAGCUCGACUCCAGCAGCUGCAUUCGAAUGCUUUGGAGAAAAUUAGUGCACUGCAGCAGGAACUUAGGCAGCGCAGUAGUGAUGGGAAGGAUGAGGAACUGGAGUACAUUAAGGAACAGCUUAUGAAAAAGACACAACUAUUGCAAAAGGCAAAAGUUUUGCUGACUCGUGCUGCUGCCAAGGAGAAGGUGCUUAGAGAGCAGAUCGCUGUUUGGAAGCGCAAAUGUUCAGAGCUGCAAAAUGUACCCGUUAUUGAUGAAAUUAGCGAAUAGAUCUAGUUUUAAGUCAAAUUUUGUACAAAACUGAAAAA